UACUCUCAUAAUAUAUAUUGUUCUCUAUUUCUCUUACUCUUUGUACCUCCCUCUUUCCUCCUUAAUUAUAUUGCUAUUUCUUGAACAGUCAAUCAUGCCUGCUCAAGUGAUGCCUGAGAAAACAUUUGUUAGAGUUCAUUCCAUAGGCAAGGAAAUUACUUCUCCAAGUUUUACUAGAAGGUUAGAAGGAAAGGUUGCGAUUGUAACAGGUGGAGCUAGAGGGAUUGGAGAGGCAACAGUGAGACUCUUUGCAAGACAUGGGGCCAAAGUUGUAAUUGCAGAUGUAGAAGACAACCUUGGCAAUACUCUAUCAAAUUUAUUAGCUCCCUCAGUUACUUACGUACAUUGUGAUGUUACAUCUGAAGAAGAUAUCAAGAAUUUAAUUGACUCAACAAUUUCCAAAUAUGGACAUGUCGACAUCUUGUUCAACAAUGCCGGAGUCCUAGGAAGUCAAUCGAGCCACAAAAAGAGCAUAGUUAAUUUUGACCCCGACGAAUUCGACCGUGUUAUGUCCGUUAACGUACGAGGAGCCGCUUUGGGAAUGAAGCACGCGGCCCGUGUGAUGAUACCACAGGGCCGUGGUUGCAUCAUUUCGACGUCUAGUGUGGCCGGAGUCAUGGGCGGGCUCGGGCCACAUGCUUAUACGGCGUCUAAGCACGCGAUUGUAGGGCUAACGAAGAAUGCAGCGUGCGAGUUGGGACGAUAUGGAAUUAGGGUUAAUUGUAUAUCACCAUUUGGAGUUGCAACAUCAAUGUUGAUUAAUGCAUGGAAUCAUUGUGAUGAAGAUGAAGAAGAAGGGGAAAUAAAUGGGAUGAAUUUUGGAGUGCCUAGUGAAAAAGAAGUAGAGAAAAUUGAAGAAUUUGUGAGAAAUUUGGCAGAUUUAAAAGGUACAACUUUAAGAGCUAAAGAUAUUGCUGAGGCUGCUCUAUAUUUAGCAAGUGAUGAAUCAAGAUAUGUAAGUGGUCAUAAUCUUGUGGUAGAUGGUGGGGUUACAACCUCAAGAAAUUGUGUUGGUUUGUAGUUCAAAGUAAUUUAUUUAUUUUUUUACUUUUUAUUUAUUUUUGGGAGUUUGGUAAGAUUUGGAUUCCUAACUUAACGUGAGAUUAGCAAAUUCAUUUGGUUGAUGUAAUUUCUACCUUUUUCCUCCUCCAACUUGCUUGAAGAAAUUGUAAGAUAGUGAUAUUUUUUUCUUCAUUUCUUCAUGAAGUAAGUUAUCAUCGGUUGAAAUUUCAAGAAAAUCGUUCUAAGGUCUG